UCCGGGGCGGAGCAGAGCGGGGCGGGCUCGCCGGUGAGGGGCACGCGGCCGCCCCGCCAUGUCGGUCCGCCGCGCCCUGGCGCUCGCCGCCUGCGGGCUGGCGGGCGGCUCCGUCCUGCUCUCCGCCGUCGUCGUGGGCAAGCAGCCGGCCCGCAGCGGUGGCGAUAGCGAGCCGCGCCCGGGGGGCUCCUCCGUGCCCUCCGCAGCGCCGCCCGGCUUGCUGCUGCUGCCGCCCACCGCCUCCUGCCCGCCGACCGCCGGCUGGAUCGAGAGACCCGCCGGCAGCGGCAGCUACUGGGACAGCAACUGGGACAGACGUGAACCACUGGCUCUUAUCAACCUCAAAAAGAAAAAUGAAGAAACUGGGGAAGAGGAGCUUGCCUCUCGCUUGGAUCACUGCAAAGCCAAAGCCACCAGGCACAUAUUCCUGAUCCGUCAUUCCCAGUACCAUUUGGAUGGCCGGGCUGAUAAGGACAGAACUCUGACCCCACUGGGUCGAGAGCAGGCUGAACUGACUGGACACAGGCUGGCAAGUUUGGGAAUAAAAUUUGAUCAGAUUAUCCACUCCUCCAUGACUAGAGCAACUGAAACAACUGAAAUUAUAAGCAAACAUCUCCCAGGAGUCAAAAAAAUCAGUACUGAUCUGCUGAGAGAGGGAGCACCUAUAGAACCAGACCCACCAGUCUCCCACUGGAAACCAGAAGCUGUGCAGUAUUACGAAGAUGGAGCUCGGAUUGAGGCUGCUUUUCGAAACUUCAUUCAUAGAGCUGAUGCCAAGCAGGAGGAGGACAGCUACGAGAUCUUCGUGUGCCACGCCAACGUCAUCCGCUACAUCGUCUGCAGAGCACUGCAGUUCCCCCCAGAAGGUUGGCUGCGACUGUCUCUCAACAACGGCAGCAUCACUCACUUGGUGAUACGUCCCAACGGCAGAGUGGCCCUUCGAACACUGGGUGACACAGGUUUCAUGCCUCCAGACAAAAUCACACGCACCUGAGUGAGCCAAAUGGAGGGAUGCUGUCCAGGAGCUGCCUCUAGUCUCUUUGCACUAGCACAUUCUGCUACAGUACCACUAGGUUUUUAUUAUGUUGGGGUGUGAUGCUGUCUUCAAAUGUCCUUUAGCCCCAUUCCUCCUUCAUAUUCAUGUCUGCCUUUCAGUCCAGAAAAGAAGAAACCUUUGUAAGCCUGAACAUGUCCAGUCCUUAAGAAUUUCCCAAAACUCAAAGCUGAGCUGUGGAAUACAGGCUGAAUGUCUGCUCAGCAGUUGCAAGAGCACUGACUUUUCCCUUACCCCGCUGUGAAUGUCUCUAACCAAAGCUUGCUCCUGUGGGUAUUUUUCUUGUGCAGGAAAGCGAUUGGUGUGGGAACAGCCUUGUAUCACACUGCAGCUAAAACAAAAGGUGAGCCAGCUUCUUUCAGCUCCUGCAGAAGUGACAAACAGGGAAUUCUGCUGUCCAAAGGACAAAGGGAUAAAGCUUCAGUUUUUGUAAGCUGUUGAGUGUGUAUGUUGGUGUUGUGUCAUUGUUCCCUUCUGCCCCCAAAAAGCCCAUGUAAACUGUGCCUGGAGGUUAUGAGCAUAAAGGAAAGAGGGUAAAAAAACCAUUUGCCUCAGAGCUGUGGUGCUAGAACUAACUGCUGCUUAUAUUAAGUGUUCCACCAUCCUCAGGAUGUCCUUUAAGAUGUUCUUAAGAACAUUUUUCUGUCUUGUAAAGCCUUUAACCAAAACGUGGUCUGGAGAAGGCUGCAGGGAUGAGACUGUAGCAAUAAGAUGGGAGGAAAGGAAAACAGCAAUCUUCUCCAAGUGCUUUCAGUUCCUGACAUAUUUUUGAGUGCUCUUUCCCAUUGAUUUGUAUUUGUUGAUACCUUACUUUCAGAGUAGAGCAAUACCACCAGUGGGUUCAGGGUAGUGAUGCUGCAGGUCAGAGGUGCUGCAGCCCUGGAGCAAACUGCUGUUGCCAGGAUGGUGAGCAGGUGGCCAUGGGGCAGCUUGUCUAGGGUGAGUGUGUAGGACAGCGUUGGGCAGAAUACAGCUUCAUACAGCUCGGAUGCUGCUGGGCUCGUGGGAGGGCUCAGAAGCAUUCUGAAGCUUGCUGGCUACCCUGAGCCAGUGUAGAAACUUGGCUUAGUUUACAGUAGGACAGCAGACAUAACUAACUUGUUUGGCAGAUUCUCUGAUCAAUAAGGAUGUUGAUGAGAUGCUGAACUUACUCCUGUCAGAGCUGUAUGAAGCAUAAUCAGGGCACACAGCCUGUGGAGAAGAGGAUUUAAGGGCUUGAUACUGAACUGCUGCUACAUCAGGAUAAGUUCAAGGAACAGGGACUGGUAGGGAACAAACUGAUUAUUGUGUAGUGUAAGGUGUGGGGGGCAAGAGGAAACCAUCAUGACAUAUCUCUCAUUGAUGCAAUGAGAGUAAUUUAUCAGUUUUUGUCUAUUAACUUUUUAAAAGUUUUGAAUAAAAUACUUGGUCUGUCUU